AUGAAGACCAAGGUUGGUUUUACCUGCGUUGUUCUAACAGUGUUAUUGUGCUUCUUCUCCAAAAACCUCGGCACGUGCCAGGAAACAGACUGGUCAAGCACGAUCAUUCAUACUCCAUUAGGAUCCCUGGCCGGUGUAAACCAUCACGAUCCUGACGGCAACUUGAGAUUGACAACGAAAAAGGGGAUUCCGUUCGCCAAGCCGCCUGUAGGACCUUUGCGACUCUCCAAACCGAAGCCCAAAGAACCAUGGCAAGGUGUGCUGAAUGCGACGGACUAUGGGUUAGUUUGUCCUCAGCCACCAGAUUAUUCAAUGGAUGGGGUGGUAUUAAACCAAACCCAAAGUGAGGACUGUUUGACUCUGAAUAUCUUUGUUCCCGCAAUGAAUGUGUCCACUGAGGCCCUACUACCAGUCAUGGUUUGGAUUCACGGUGGGGGUUUCGCGUAUGAGGACGCGUCAGUUUACGACCUUUCCACCAUCGCCGUCCACGGACAUGUCAUCGUUGUGAAUCUCAACUAUCGUCUAGGGGUGCUGGGAUUUCUCAGCACCGGUGAUGACUCUGCUCAGGGAAACUACGGAGUCUGGGACCAGCGACUGGCCAUUCAGUGGGUCAAGGAAAAUAUCGUUUAUUUUCACGGCGAUGCAGAUAUGAUAACAAUCUUUGGCGAGUCUGCGGGUGGCAUCAGUGUCGGCAUGCACGCGAUAUCUCCGGUUAACGACAGGUCUCUGUUUCAAAGAGUCAUCUUGCAAAGUGGUACAGCCAGUACGUUUUUCAUGAACUCCCCGCAGGAAGCUGCAACGCGGACCAGACAACUGGGCCGUCUCUUGCAGUGUGAAACGGUAGACGAUUCCAGGGAACUAAUGGACUGUUUACGCAAUACAUCGGUGGACGACCUCUUAACAGCUGCAGCUAAACUGAAGCUCGAGGUUGUUCAGUUAUCCCCCUGCUAUCCAACUCUUGACGAGCUUGAAGAGAACCCAUACCCGACCGACUUGGUAGAUGGUGUGCCCCAUGGUGGAGAACUCGAGUUCCUAUUCGGUGAUUAUAUGAAGACUAAUCCGGGGAGUCUUUCAGCUCAGUGA